ACACUAACUUUAUUUUCCCACAGAUGAAAAGAAGUAAAGAAGUGAUAACUAAAAAUUGUAAUCAAGAAGAAAUAAAUAUUCUUCAGUGUUGGAAAUGUAGAAAAUGCAUAGCAACUUCUGGUUGUUUCAUGAAAUAUCUUGAAAACCAAGUGCUUAAGGAUGGACAUGGUUCAGCCUAUGAUCAAAAUACUUGUCAUGUGUGGCACAUGAAUAUAGAAGCCCUCCCAGAAUGGAUAAGCUGCCUAAUACAAAAAGCCCAGUGGACAGUUGGAAAACUGAAUUGCCCUUUUUGUGGGGCCCGUUUAGGGGGCUUUAAUUUUGUCAGCACUCCAAAAUGUUCCUGUGGCCUGCGUACAGCUGUACAUCUCUCCAAGAGCCGGACCGACUGUCAGCCAGCACAGGCAGGCCGACUAAUGAGACCAUCGCUGAAAUACUUGUCACAUCCUAGAGUUCAGUCAGGUCGUGACACGGAAGCUCAGCUGACAGGUGGCGCCUUCAAAAACAGAAGUCACAGGCUUCUAAACAUGGCUCAAAAUAAUAAUGGCUCUGGAAGAUUAACAGAAGCACUCUGCCUGGAGGUACGGUCUACAUAUUUUCAGAUGAAGAAGGAAAAACUGCUCUUCAAAGCAUCCAAUCCCAAAUACCAGCUUUUUGUUCCCCAGCUUGUGCCUGGCAGAUGCACCAGAAGAGCUUUUCAUAGAAAAUCGCAUAGCUUGGAUCUGAACAUCAGUGAGAAGCUGACUCUAUUACCUACUUUGUGUGAAAUACAUAGUAAGACUACUGCCCAUUCCAGGCUAAAUGAAACACAGCCUGUUGACCUUUCAGACUUGCCUUUAGAAUCUACUAAAAAUAGCUAUUCCUUUCAGAUUUCAUCAAGUUUUGAUCCUAAUAGGCUGCUGCAAAGAAUUUCAGUGGUUCCCCAUGAGACCCAGACACAAAGAGGAGAAUUUCAGUGCGGUCUAGAAGCUUCUGCAGUGUACUCUGACCAUGCCGGGUCUGACAGCCUGGCUUUCCUGAUGGACCUGCCCUCGGCGGGCAGGAGCACGCUGGAGGCCUCGGACCAGGAGGAGCACCGCUCUGCUCUGGACUUCUUGCGCUCGGGCAGUUUUUCCUUGGGUGCCAUUAACCAGAGGCUCAGUAAAAGAGAAAGGACCAAGUUGAAGAAUCUGAGAAGGAAACAACGAAGGCAUGAAAGAUGGCUGCAGAAGCAGGGUAAAUACUCAGGAGUAGGAUUGCUGAAUCAUAUGACUUUGACUAAUGACAUGAGCACAGAUGAUGAAAAUGAAUAUGUAGAAGAAAAGGAGAGCUAUAUCUGUGCAGUGUGCCUGGAUGUCUACUUCAACCCCUACAUGUGCUACCCUUGCCACCACAUCUUCUGUGAGCCCUGCUUACGGACUCUUGCCAAAGACAAUCCUGCAAGCACUCCCUGUCCAUUGUGUCGGACAAUUAUUUCCAGAGUCUUUUUCCAGACAGAAUUGAACAAUGCCACAAAAACAUUCUUCACUAAAGAAUAUUUGAAAAUAAAACAAAGCUUUCAGAAAUCCAGCUCUGCAAAAUGGCCUCUACCAAGCUGCAGAAAAAAAGCGUUCCGUCUUUUUGGAGGCUUCCACAGACACGCAGCUCCGGUCACGAGGAGGCAGUUCCCGCAUGGCGCGCACAGGAUGGACUACCUGCACUUUGAGGAUGACAGCCGCGGUUGGUGGUUCGACAUGGACAUGGUGAUCAUCUAUAUUUAUUCGGUGAACUGGGUCAUUGGGUUCAUCGUUUUCUGCUUCCUUUGCUACUUUUUCUUUCCGUUUUAGGAAUUUUCACACCUUACUACAGUUGAACAAUCACAAAUGAUGUAGAUAAUAAUUACUUAAACAUUUUUAAGUGUGCUUUGAAAUUUUUAUAAUAUUGUGUUAUAUAAAAUGUGGGUGUUUAUAGAAAGUCUGAAUAUAAGUAACUUAUUAAUGUUUUUCAUGUAACAAACUGAACUUAUGUAUCUAUCUAGCUCUUAGCAACAAUGCACCAUUAAUUUCAUAGUUCUCAUUUAGGUUUUGUGGACUCUAAUUUUACAGUGUCUCUUUUGUACUUACCUUCAUUAUAAAGACUGAGGUUUUCUUCCACUUAAAAAUAGUAAAGAGACAAAAUGAAACAAUAUGGGUAGAUACCAGAAAAUAUUUAGUCACCACUUAUUCUCAGGCAAAUUUAUGCAUUAAAGAUAAACAUAUUCUCUGGAACUAAUCUAACAGGGUAUAUUCAAUUUGCGUUUCUAGGCAUCCUCAAAAAUGUCUCUUUCUGUCACCAAGAAAGCUGACUGCCCCUUUUUUUACAGACCUACCAGUAGCUUUAGUGCAACAUUUUUCAUUAUUACAAGAAAAGAAUAGUAAAUAUUUAAAAAAGAGACUAACUCCCACCAAUAUACACUUAUAGAAGUAUAUUAACACUUUUUGAAUUGCAGGAUUAUUCACCUGAAGAAAUAAAAAAUUUAUUGACUGAUUUUCAGUAGUCUAAAAUGGCAAUGCAUGUCCAAAAUGUAAUUAAUUUAGUGGUUCAUUUAACUAUAAGGUUGUCAAAUAUAUUGUAAAUGUGCAAUAAAGAGUGCUUUUAAAUUUUUA